GUGUCCCUUCUGCUCUUUCCACGUCACAGCUUUGCAGCAGUUCAUCUAUGGCGCCUCUACAGUUUCCUUCCUUGAAAAAUGACCUUUUACUGCGUGCAGCUCGCGGCGAACAAACCGAACGAGCCCCAGUAUGGAUUAUGCGACAAGCAGGGCGCCACCUUCCAGAAUUUCUAAAAAUUCGUGAAUCGCAUGGAUUCUUCGAGAUUUGCCAGACCCCCGAGCUCGCAUGUCAAGUAACCCUCCAGCCCAUUCGCCACUAUACUCCUCUCUUGGAUGCUGCGAUUAUAUUCAGUGAUAUCCUUGUCGUGCCUCAAGCGAUGGGUAUGGAAGUGCUCAUGCAACCAGGCCCUCACUUCACGCAUCCAUUGUCUGUCCCGCAGGACGUCGAAAAGCUGAACAAGGUGGUGGAUGUGAACAAGAUGCUCAAGUAUGUAUUCGAUGCCAUCACGUUAACGAGGAAGGAACUCGAUGGCGAGGUGCCUCUCAUUGGAUUCUGCGGCGGUCCAUGGACGUUGUUCGCGUACAUGAUUGAAGGAGGAGGAUCGAAAUCAUAUACGAAAGCAAAGUCGUGGCUCUUCAGGUACCCAGAGGAAUCGAAGGCACUGCUACAAAGGAUCGCUGACGUUUGCGUUGACUUCCUUGUUGGUCAAGUCCACGCCGGAGCCCAGCUUGUGCAAGUGUUCGACACCAAUGUCGGAGAGCUAUCACCUUACGACUUCCACACAUUCGCAUUCCCUGUCCUCCAGCAUAUUUCCAAGAAUGUUCGCCAACGAUUAAAUGCCGAUGGUUAUGGGAACACCCCGUUGACUCUCUUUGCUAAAAGCGCAAAUCAUGCCAUCGCUCAUACGGCCGAGCACGGAGGCUACGAUGUUAUAGGACUUGACUGGUGCAUCGACCCCGCAGAAGCAAGACGCCUAACAGGAGGCAAGGUUGCUUUGCAGGGUAAUAUGGACCCCGAUUUGUUGUACGGCGGUAAAGACGCCAUCGAGGCGUACGUGAAGCGGAUGUGUGAAGCUUUCGGAGGUCCCAAAGGGUGGAUUGCGAACCUUGGACAUGGCAUUACACCUGGUGUUGAUCCCAAGGACGUUCAAUGGUUCUUUGAGUGCGUCCACAAGUACUCUGCAGGCAAAACGUCGUGAUGGCAAAUCUUUAAAUGUAUUCGUUUACGCUCCAGCUCUAAUUUGCGUGUAUAACAGGUCUAGUCCCUGCAUCCAUUCCAAAAUCGAAGUUUAGUAUAUAUACAAUUAUGCAGGUAUGUAAAAGGACCAGAAGCAGCCCAGAUGGAUGUAUCAUAUGUAUGAAAUAAC